UUUGUAGUCACAGGUCGCAUCCGGUUCGUGCGUCGACUGAGAUACAAAAAGGAGAAAGCAAAAAUUCUCGCCAGAAGCCGAAAUACCGAGAUAUGAAAUCAGGGUUUUAGUUAUUCUUUUUACGUAUAACCAUAUUUUAGUUAUAUUUAGUUCUUAGUCAUGAGUAUAAGCCACUGAUGUUUUAUAGUAGUAUCCGCAGAGCAGUUUUAGAUGGUUGGAUCCAUUUUAUUUAUCGGGAUUAAUUGCAGUUUUAAUUGGGUUUGAAUCUGCUCAGGUCUCACCUCGUCACAUGUGUUAAAGGACGUCCGCGCGUAAGUGUAGUUAUAUUUCAACAGUAGCGGUAAUUGUGUGUUUGUGUGGUUGGUGAUGGCCACAUCGGCCCUGUACGCCUGCACCAAGUGUAACCAGCGGUUCCCGUUCGAGGAGUUGUCGCAGGGCCAGCAGCUCUGCAAGGAGUGUCGGAUCGCGCACCCUAUAGUAAAAUGCACCUACUGCAGGUCAGAGUUUCAGCAGGAGAGCAAGACCAACACUAUCUGUAAGAAGUGUGCACAGAAUGUCAAACAGUUUGGGACGCCGAAGCCAUGUCAGUACUGUAACAUCAUUGCUGCAUUCAUUGGGACCAAAUGUCAGCGCUGCACCAACUCUGAGAAGAAGUACGGCCCUCCACAGACCUGCGAACAGUGCAAGCAGCAGUGUGCCUUCGACAGGAAGGACGAGGGAAGGAGAAAGGUGGAUGGGAAGCUCUUGUGUUGGCUUUGCACACUGUCAUAUCGUCGUGUUCUACAAAAAACGAAAGAGCAGCGGAAAGGCCUUGGCUCUUCCCACUCCAACUCUUCUUCCCUCAGUGAGAAGGAACAUCAGAGACACCAUCAUCAUCAUCAGCACCACAGACACGCAAGUUCACAUCACAAAAUAAGUGGUACUUUAAGUCCAGAGCAGGAUCAGGGGCUGUGGAAGCAGAGCAUUCAGAAGGAAACGCCAAAGAAAAAACCCAAGCUAGAGACAAAGCCAUCCAAUGGAGACAGUAGUUCCAUCACUCAGUCGAUGGAUUCUGGAGGCACGGACAACUUCAUCUUGAUUAGCCAGCUAAAAGAGGAAGUGAUGUCAUUGAAGCGCAUGCUCCAGCAGAGAGACCAGACCAUCCUUGAGAAAGACAGGAAGCUGACAGAGCUGAAGGCAGACUUUCAGUAUCAGGAGUCAAAUAUGCGGGUGAAGAUGAACAACAUGGAGAAAGCACACAAAGAGGCCAUGGAGCAACAACAGGCGAAGAACAGAGAAUUGUUGAAACAGGUUGCUGCACUCUCGAAAGGCAAGAAGUUUGACCGCAGCAGUAGCUCACUGCUGUUACCAUAGCAAUGACCUCACGCUAUAACAAUGACCCCUUUCCCAGAUGUGUCAUUACUGUGAGAAAGCUUCACCCUCCAUUGCUCACAGGUUCUCUCUGUGUUGUGUUUUAUUAUACUGAUGAUGUCACAUAUGCAAAUAUCUGAAAUUAUUAUAAUUUUUUGUUUUGUUUUCUUUGGCUGUUCUCAGCAGUUUUAGUAAUCACACAUAUUUACAAAACAGACAGAACUGUAUAGAGCCAUUUCAGGAGCCCUGGCUGAUCCCAGCCUCAGAUCUCAUAUGCAAAACUUUUCAGAACUUCUGAAAGCAGACAAAGCAGAAAGAGCUGUCAACAAAUAUAUGGAAAUGUUAUGAAUUGAAAUGUCUGAUAUGCUGAACAGUUUUUAUAGAUGCUCAAUUCAUCUCUCUCUCUCUCUCUCUCUCUCUCUUUAUCUCUCUCUCGCUCUCUCUCUCUCUCUCUCUCCUUUCGCUCUUCUUUCGCUCUCUCUCUUUCUCACUCAUGGAAAGACUGUAUUAUUGCAUGUCUUACUGCCUGGUCAACUGUGUGGUUUUGUAUAUUAAUUGAUUACUCUGUUUUGUUUGGCUUCGUAUUAGUGAUAUUUCAUAGAUGACUUUUGCAGGCCUGUAUGAGACACUGCUGUUUUAGUGAGUGAGGCUCUCUUAUGUCCCCCAUGCAUUCGCAUCUUUUUACUGUCGGACACUUUUGUACUUUUUUUUUCUGCAACAGAAGUUUCAGGAAUAUUAAAGCUAGUAAAAACCUCA